AUGACGCGCCGGCGGUACAACAUCGCCAUGGUCAGCGACUUCUUCUUCCCGCAACCAGGAGGCAUCGAGUCUCACAUCUACCAGCUGUCAAGCAAGCUCAUAGACCGAGGACACAAGGUCAUCAUUAUUACGCAUUCUCACGACGACAGAAAGGGCGUUCGAUAUCUCACCAACGGGCUCAAGGUGUACCACGUGCCGUUUCUUGUAAUUUAUCGCCAGGCUACCUUUCCCACCGUCUUUUCCUUCUUCCCUAUUCUCAGAUACAUUUUCAUCCGGGAACGCAUUGAGAUUGUGCAUGGACAUGGCAGCCUGAGUUGCCUGUGCCACGAAGGCAUUCUUCAUGCCAGGACCAUGGGUCUGAGGACCGUGUUUACGGACCAUUCGCUGUUUGGGUUCGCGGAUGCGGCGAGCAUUCUCACCAACAAGCUGCUCAAGUUCAUUCUCAGCGAUGUCGAUCACAGCAUAUGUGUGAGCCACACAUGCAAGGAAAACACCGUCCUGCGCGCCUCGCUGGAUCCGUUAAUGGUCUCCGUCAUCCCCAAUGCCGUCGUGGCAGAAAACUUCCGCCCAAGAGACUCCCCAUCCUCUCCCGGCGCAGCCUUCGCGCCAGACCCUUCGCCCCAACGCCUCGGGCCAAACGACAUGAUCACCAUUGUCGUCAUCUCCCGUCUCUUCUACAACAAGGGCACAGAUCUGCUGACAGCCGCCAUCCCCCGCAUCCUAGAAACUCAUCCCAACACGCGCUUCAUCAUUGCUGGCUCCGGUCCCAAAGCCAUCGACCUGGAGCAGAUGAUUGAGCAAAACGUGCUUCAGGACCGCGUUGAGAUGCUCGGCCCCGUGCUCCACGAAGAUGUCCGCGACGUCAUGAUCCGCGGCCACAUCUACCUCCACCCUUCGCUCACCGAGGCCUUUGGCACCGUCAUUGUCGAGGCCGCCAGCUGCGGACUGUACGUGGUCUGCACCCAGGUCGGUGGUAUCCCUGAGGUGUUGCCUUCUCACAUGACGACGUUUGCGAAGCCGGAGGAGGACGAUCUCGUCGUGGCGACGUGUAAGGCCAUCACCGCCGUGCGAGCAGGCAAGGUCCGCACGGAAAAGUUCCACGAGCAGGUGAAGAAGAUGUACAGCUGGUCCAACGUGGCUAUGCGCACCGAGAGGGUAUACGACGGCAUCACGGGCACCAUUAGCGAGGAGGAAUUCUAUGGCUUCGACACGGGCGGCUAUAAUGGCAGCAGGGUUCGCAACUUUGCGCUUAUUGACAGGUUAAAGCGCUACUAUGGGUGCGGCAUCUGGGCCGGCAAGCUCUUUUGCUUGUGUGUCGUGAUUGACUACCUGUUCUUUUUGUUCCUGGAGUGGUGGUUUCCGAGGGAGAAUAUAGACAUUUGUCCCGACUGGCCGAGGAAGAUGUUGGCGGAUAACGGGAAGAAGGAAGGCCAGAGUAAUCGGUCGAGCACGUCACAGGGCAGGGCUGGUCAUGAUUAA